AGCGCCUUCUGCUUCCCCCACGCAGGGGCUGGGAGGGGCCUGGCGCCGACUGUCGCCAUACUGCCGUCCGCCGGAGUUGGGGCACUGGUGUCUGUGUGUGUCUGCUGGAUUUUGGGGAGCCCGUGAACACUCACGUUGCGCUCCAGAGCGGGACGGCACUGUGCUUAAAAAGCACUGAGGACUUCAGAGAUGAUUUAACGCAAAUCCCUUCGCAGCCAGCUGGAGCUUUGCUUUUCUCUGUGACUCUGUUCCCGUCACUGCAACAGCGAGAAUGCCUGAGGCUGACUGAUCGGAAUGGGUGACAAGCCUAUUUGGGAGCAGAUUGGAAAUGGCUUUGUGCAACAUUACUAUCAACAUUUUGAUGUAGAUAGGAGUCAACUAGCAUCAUUAUAUACUGAAACUUCUUGCCUUUCUUGGGAAGGACAGCAGUUCCAAGGUAAAGACGCUAUUGUGGAAAGAAUAACUAGCCUUCCAUUUGGGAAAAUACAGCAUAUCAUAACAGCACAAGACCAUCAACCCACCCCUGAUAGUUGUAUCCUCAGUAUGGUAGUCGGACAACUUAAGGUUGAUGAUGAUCCUGUCAUGGGAUUCCACCAGAUAUUUCUACUGAAAAACGUUGAUGACGCUUGGGUCUGCACCAACGAUGUCUUCAGGCUAUCACUGCAUAACUUUGGCUGAGAGUUCUGCUUUCUGCACGUCCUUAUAUCCACUCUUCUAGUCUGCUAUUUAUUGCAAUAACUGGAUUCUAAAUAUCAUGCACAAAUGUGUACACAACAGUAAAAUCUGCAACCUGAGUAGUCUCUAAUCACAGUUUGUUUGAAUUAAAUUAUUUGUGCAUGAUGUUUGGAAAGAUGUUGGUUUAGCUAACAUGGACAAGACAGUACCCCAGUGUGUGUUGUACCAGCAUGCCUUAGAAGAUAAGUCAUACCACACUUCAUUUUUUUUCUUUCCUAUGUACUGGUAAGUUGCUAUAGCAAUCCAAAGAAUCAAAAUAAGUAACAGCAACUUCUUAUCCAACCUUUUGAUUUGUUCGUACCUUUUGUUAACUUGUGAUACAAUAAACCAUGUACUUUUCUUAAGUUGGAAAUGGUUUCAUUUGGUUCCUGGCAGGUUUAAAAUGUUUGUCAUUCUUUUUAAAAAAAAAUGUAUUUGACCAUUUAAUUCAAUCAGAAAAUAAAUUUUUAGGUAUUACUUGUGCUGGUGUAAAGGUUUAGGCCACAUGUCUAAAAAGAGGAAGCUAUAAUACAAAGUAAUGUGACCAUUGUUAUUCAAACUCUUUAUCAUGAUUGAACUUUGUUUCAGCUGCUGCCUUGACAAAUUGAGGUCAUAAGAAAAGUUUUAGAUUACAUUUUAAAACUGCAACGCACAAGAUUCAGCAUGAUGUGUAAACUUUAAAUUGAUUUCAAUCUAUAAUUUUAUCUAAUGUUUAUAGUUAAACUUGAAAUUCACAUUGCUUAACUUUUCAAAUUUUGGUUUCAGUAAAGCAAGCCAAUGCUUGGAGCAUUAACUGGACUUGCAGUGGACACUCAUGGGGUUAUAUUUUAAUGAUCCUUUCUCCAUUCAUCCUAAUGGUGUGACUUCCUUCAGUUUGAAGAGCUGCGUCAUGUAAACUGUUUGUUGCAUUAUGAUUAUUUGACAGUUGAGCUAGAAGUGGAUAGAGAAUGUCAGCUUUUCAUCUGAAUGCAUCGCAGUUAUGAAUUUAAAUGCCAUGCUACCCUAACACUUAACCUCCUGACCACAGAGCUGGAAAAAUAGUGCUGUAUCUAUUAGGCUACUGCAUCAUCCAUUUCCUUUUUGAAAUUGAUGAUUGGGGCAAACUUAUCACAAUGUAAAAAGAAAAUGGAAUCGAUCCAUUCAUGAAGGCCAAUAUCUGUUGGUACUGGAGAUACGGAAAUGCACUAAGCAUUUGUGAACAAAAUUAAAAAUUAACAUUUAUCUUCAAGAAUUAUGUUUGCUGGUGCAGCCAUUUUUAUUAAGAAUGCUGAUUUUCCUCCUAAUGUGUUUAAUCUGCAUAAACUAGGUUUCGGAUUCACUUUUGGCAUAGUGAUGCAUGUUGGGUAUACAGUUCCACGAUUACCACAGGUGUCUCACCAAAGUGGCCACACGGGCGUUGAGGGUUAUUGCAAUCCAGGCAAAUACAGUCCUCAUGGAUUACAAGCAUUUCAACUUCAUCAAUGUCAGGCUACUUGCAUAAAUAUGUAAUCUCACCAACUUGGAAAAAAAAUUCUCAUUGAUGUUAAAAUGGGGUUUCUCUGAGAAUUUAUUCGUCUUGGGAAUGCUGGUUCGUGUCGGACUCAAUUUUCUUUUUCUUUCAACUUCAACAAUUAAUUCCCUGAUGUUAAGUGAACACCAUUCCUUUUCAGUAUGGUUAUUCCAAAACUUGAUGCAAUGCGCAAUUUUAGUAGCUAAAUGCUGAGAAGUGAUCGGAGAGUUAAAUUUUGAGUCUUGCCAGUAAUGAAGAAAUAGUAAACAUGCACAAUUUUCACAGCUUCAAUCUUUGUGCAAUUUGAUGGUGAUACUGACGGUUGUAUUGCAAAGUAUGAAGCCUCUUGUUUGUAGCAGUAAGCAGUGAAACUUGGGGUGAUUUCUGAACUUGCAGGCAUCUGUUUGAAACUAGACAAUAUAGAUUGGAAAAUGCUGUUAGAGUAUCCAAAUAUGUAUGUAGAGUAAAUGUGCUAUAAGUUAGGAUUUCCUAAUUUUGGUUUGAUGUGUUACAUAAUGAAAUAUUAUAUAGAGACUAUCCCAAAUGUAAUUCGGAACCUAGAAUUCUCAAGGUAUCAAAUUUUCCGGACAAAUUAUUCUUUAGCAUCCCUUUUUUCUAAUUGCAUGUAAAGCUUCUAAAAUAUAACAAAAUAAAGUCAGUUAAUUCCAAUUUGAUAUCUUCUACAUGUUUUAUUCCAAUCAAGUAUUAUGGCUGUUGCAAUUUAAACUUGUCUCUCUGCCUUGCUUUAAAUUGAACCAGUUCAGUUCUACCUUGAACGAAUGUGCAUAAUAAAGUUCCCAUGCUGAGGGGAGUUUGGAGGGCAGCAAACUCAGAACUUCACCAAGCAGUAUUUUAAAAGCUGCCUAUUGUUGUAAGGCAGUUGCAGUUGUAUAAUUGUUACUAAUUUACCAAAGGAGAAAUUUGUUUUGCAUAUUUGUGUCUUUUUACAUUUUUGAUGCAAGACCUUCUUUUGUGGUUGAACUUCACAUUGUACAUGUAACAUGGCAUUGCUUUUAUUUUUAAAUAUUCACACUAGCAAGAAUAUUUUAUGGAUAUAAAUUCUGUUAUAAAGCAAUACCACUGCAUCACCACUUAAAAUAAUUUGGUCUUCUAGUAUUUCUAGCAAUUGACUCAGAACAGUCUUUAUGAACAGUUCUUUAGUUUGUAGGACGUUUAUUUAGUUUGUAGGACGUUUAUUCUCAGUGAUGAAAAGGAAGGAUCUGCUUGGCUUUCUGUGCAUUAUCUUUUCCACGUUCACACAGUCUACUUCAAUCCAGAGGGUAUGAAGAUCAUUGUUUCAUUAUGAUCAGAACUCAAAUGACUCCAUGAUAGGCUGAUGGAAAGUUCAUUCACAUUAUUGUUGAAAUAAGCAGGACCAAUUCCUUGUUGCAAUGUGACAUUGACAUUGUGCAUUCCAAUUUGGCUGAGAAUUUUUCAACAAUUGAGGCUGACAUUCGAGUGUCUCACUUAAAAACUUUGGAGUGUUACUGCAGGCCUCAAUUACAAGAUUGCGGGUGACUCAACCCUCAGUGCUUCUAUUAUCAGUAUUUGGAAUAUGGCCUAUGAAUUUGAAGUACUAUUUGUACAUUAAGAUGAGUGCUCCAUCAUGAUGGAACAAGUAACUUCUGAUUACUUGAAUUUUUGGAAAUGCUGUUGCAGUUAUGCGCAAAACAGCUGGAAAUCAAUGUGCAAGCAUGAAAUGACUGACUGAAAUGUGAUCCAACCAGUUGCCAAUCAGAAUGAUGAAUUGAAGAUGCAUUUAUGUAAUUAUAACCUAUAGAAUAAAGUUUAACAAAAUGCAAACUAUCAAUCAUAACAUUUAUAUACAUUGAAAGUGUAUCUUAGAAUGUUUUAUAGUUGCUGAAAAAAGUAGAAGUAUGAAAUAUCGUAAUAGGUACAUUAAAAGCAGACAUAUGAAAGAAUGGAUACUUGGAUAAUUAGUUGACAUUGCCUUUCACAUGGAUGUAACUCAAAGCUGCCUUCAGAAUUCUUGGCAACUGUGUAAAGCACCAUUGUGCAGCUUACACUACUGUACUGUGAAUUUGUGUCAAAGGACGUAUGUUCAAUAUUUAUUUGUUAUUUUGUGCCAUACUAAGGGUAUGUUAUGUUUGCCUUAGAGAUUUUGCUGUUUGAAAAUACUAUUCUUGAUUUUUAAAUCUUCUAGAUCCCCAUUGAGACAUUAUUCCUUAGUUGUGUGACUUUUUAUAGGUCAUCCAUGUCAACAAAAAUGCAAGACCUUGAAGGUCUUUCAGUCCCAGAUAUAACAAAAUCUUGGGCCACCUAAAGCUGCUGAAGCUGUGAUGCUUGAUUGGACUUGUGUAUGCAGAAACUGAUUUUUGAUCUAUUUUAGGAAAGAAAUCUCUGCUUUUGGUAAUAACUGAUACACGUUCAUUUCUUUGCGGUGUAAUACCAUUAUUUUAUUCCUACAAUAAACUUUAUCAAACAGC